CGGUCUGUAAGCUCUUUUUCUCUCUGUGCUCAUCUCCACUUCCAGCAUCCUUUCUGCUCUCCUGCAGCUCCACAUCACUGGGGAUUAGCGAGUCCAGACUGCAUCCUGCUCCCCUUUAUUCUGCGCUUUUAGUGUCUUAAAGGAUCUACAGGAUUUUGGAGCAUUACAAUUGUGUGCACUUGGAUUUACAUCUACCUCGCGUCCUUUACUGAAAACAGCAGCCACACUUUCAGCCAAAGGUUUGGUGUGAUUGAACUGAAACCACAGCCAUGGAUGAAAUGGAUGUGCCGCAGCUGAAGAAAGAGGUAGAGAGCCUCAAGUACCAGCUGGCGUUUAAAAGGGAGAAAUCAUCCAAGACAGUCACAGACUUGGUGAAGUGGAUUGAGGACGGUGUACCCACCGACCCAUUUCUCAACCCUGAGCUGAUGAAGAAUAACCCGUGGGUGGAAAAGGGCAAGUGUGUGAUCAUUUAGGAUGGAAACAACGGAACAGCACAGAUCUGAAUGUCCACACACGCGCACACACACACACACACGCACACACACACACACACUUAAAUACACCGAGGCAUUAGCACCGUACAGUCACUUGCAAGAUCUGAAACUAUGCCACGCAUUACUAUAUUAUAUUCAUAAAGGUCAAUAUGUUAUUUAAAAACUCCCUAUUAAUAUUAUAUUCAUAGAAAAAGAAUGCAGUCUAUUUAUAUGCACUUAGUUAUUUUAGUCUGUUACAUAUUAGUUUGCUUGCGCUUUUUUUUAACUCAAGUUUUAGUGUCUCACUGCCAGACCAUAAGUGACAGAUUAAUGCCUGCAAAUAGACGAGAGAAGAUUUACCAACCUGAAAUGUAUAAAUCUGGACACUUUGUCUCUUUUCCUCUGCAGCGUGUUAAUUUGUCCAUCACGACAGUGCACCGUUUAGACAGAAACCACAGAAACAUGUUCACAUUCAGCACCGUUUUGCUGAGUCUUUAUGAUUAAUUAAUUUAUGAUCUAUUUAUUUAUUUAUGUUUUUUUUUAAUUAACUGUUGCAGCUCUGAAGGACUUGAUAUUUUAAUAUUUAGGUCUGAGGUUCCGAGUUACACUACCGAGAACAGUUUGUUUUUUUUUUCUUUCUCUUCACUGAUAAACUGAUUAUGAUGUUCUCCGUAGUUGAUGCUUAGUGUAACAGAAUCCAUUUAUUUAUUUCUACACUCUAUUAUUUAACACUGCGAUGAAUCCAGUGUUUGGCUGCUAAGAAAUCUUCAUUUGAUAUUUCAUUUACAUGAUCUGUUUUUACAAACCCAUCAGAUGUUGCUAUGACUGACAAACAAUUCUGGCGAAAAACGACCAAAAAAUUGGGGGCUUCUUCCUGUAACGUACUUCUACACAUCUACUAAGAACGCAUAAGAAGGCAUAAAGAUAUUUCAAGAAAAUUAUGUAGAAAUGAUUUAUUAACAUUCUAAUCUUGCUUUUUGCAAAUCAUGUUGGGUAAAUGCGGGCCAGUUUAACAAACACGACUCCAAAAGAGACCGUAGCCUCUUUGUAUAAAGGUGGGUAAAGAUAGACAGUUUUCUUGGUCAUUUUGAUUCUUUUUUUUUUAUAUUUUAUUUAUCACACGUUAAAUUUAAAUGCAAAUUAAACCAAUAAAUAAUAGUUGUUUUUAGACAA